CUGCGAAGUGAUUCGAGACUGGAAGACUGGUGAAUCUCUUUGUUAUGCUUUCAUUGAGUUUGAAAAGGAGGAAGACUGUGAGAAAGCCUACUUCAAAAUGGACAAUGUGCUGAUAGAUGACAGACGGAUACAUGUGGAUUUUAGCCAGUCUGUUGCAAAGAUUAAGUGGAAGGGAAAAGGUGGGCGGUAUACCAAGGACGAUUUCAAAGAGUACGAAAAGGAACGUGACAAACCUUCAAAACUUGCUCUGAAAGAGAAGGUAAAACCGAAGCAGGAUGCCAAGUAUGACCUUGUGCUGGAUGAGGAUAUAGGAGAGUCUCAAACAAGUCAGUCACACUUGGCUAAAAAACAGAAGAAGAAAAAGCACCACCACUCUGAAGAUGAAGAGGAUGACAAGAGGACCAAAAAAACUAAGGAUUCUGAUCGAAAACAUGAAGGAGAACGCUGUAGAGAGAAGACAAGGAGUGAGAAGAAAGACAGGCAUCGGAGUCGCAGCCACUCUCAAGACAGAGACUACGCUAGCAGCAAACAAAAAGACAAAUACAAAGACGACUUCCGAAUAAGAGACUGGGAUAAAAAAGCAGACAGAAGCAGAAGUCCUAAGAAAUCAAAAGACAAAGAGAGGUCUAAGUACAGAUGAAGGACAAGAGGAAGAAAGAGGGGAGCUAAAGUAUGUUUUCUUCCCGGCAUUACCAACAUUCUCUCAAAUG